AUGAUUAAACAACAGCAACCACAGCAACUUAAGGCACAAAACACCCAGGUCCUUCAGACCAUUACAUACGCCAUAUAUGCAUAUAAUUCAAAGACGGCAGAACAAACGCAAAGGUUGAAAUAUGGAGAUUUGGAGAUAGUAUUGAAAAAUGAACAUUUCGAAUUCGUUUGCAAAGGUGGUGCAGUGAUAUCAAAUAUAAAAGAAAUUUUAUUUAUGAAUUCUAAAAUUAAAGGUAUAACGGAUGAUAUAACAUCAAUUCCACCAGAAGAACAGAGAUAUUACGCAUUAAAUGCAUUUCCUAAAGUUUUGAAGAUUGGAAGAUUUAAUUUAAAUGAGGAAUUCAUAGAAGGUUUCCUAAAUGACAUAAUGAAGAAGGUGGAUAAGGAAUAUGUGGAUAAUGGAUUAAAUAAGAAGGCAAAUUUGGUUUAUGUUGAUGAAAAAGAUAAUGAAAUUAAAGAAAAGGUUGAAUGGUAUCAUGAAUGGACAUUGGAGACUUUUAAAGUUAAAGCUGAUACAGAAUGGGUUUCAGGAUGUUUAGACCUUAAAGCAGAUAAAACUUAUGUUAACGAUGAGUUAAUGAAGAAGGUGGAUAAGGAAUAUGUGGAUAAUGGAUUAAAUACAAUUCUUGAGAUGAUUUACCCCAUUGGUUCAAUAUAUACAUCAAUGAAUUCAACAAAUCCAGCUGAUGUAUUCGGUUUCGGUACAUGGCAACAAAUAACCGAUCGUUUCCUCUACUGUGCUAAUAGUUCAAAACAAACCGGUGGUUCAAAGAAAAUUAAAGAAGCAAACCUUCCACCGCAUAAGCAUACAGGAACUACAAACUUUUCUGGCGAGCAUAUACACUCAUUAAGAGACCACCCAUUAUACAACUCAGACUAUGAAGCCGGUCAUGAUGUUUUAUCUCCAGUUUAUAACGAUUCAACAAAAAAGACUUUUCGACCAACUGAACCAGGAGGAAAUCAUUCACACACUUUCACAACAAAUCCAACAGGCUCGGGUGAAGAUUACAUGCCACCAUUUAUGACUGUAUUUGCAUGGUACCGUCUUGAAUAA